AUGUAAGUGAUCUAUCAAAUGAUUUGUUUAAGAAAGCACAUAUUGAAAAGCAAAACAUAUUAUUUAGAAGUGCACGAUGAUUAAAUGAUAUUGAGUGAGGUAAUGAAAUAUAAACAACUAUCAAGCAUAAACACAUGUCAAAUGCUAAGUAUGUAAUAAAAUAUACAUGGGACACAAGGAUCAUGUGGAAGUCAUCUGACAGUUAAGAAUUGUGUUCAUUUGGAAUAAAUUAUAAUAAUCGAAUUAAAUGGUUUGAUUCUGAUCACAAUUCAUUAAAUUUACUUAAAAUACACUUAUCAGGGAAAAUAUUUUUUGGGAACAUUUCAAUAUUUUAUGAUUCAAAUUAACUUUUAGGUUAAGGAGCAUCAUCUAAAGUAUGUUUAGUUAAAUGCAAAAAGAGCAUAUCACAAUAUGCAGCAAAAUGUAUUUCUAAGAAAUAUUUGUUAUAAAAAAAAUCAAACGAUAGAAUUACUAUAAUAAGAGAUAUAAAUCCUUUAGAAAAUAGAUCAUCCAAGUUUUGUGAAGCUAUACGAGAUUUAUUAAGGAGAGAAUUCAUAUUACAUAGUGACCGAUUAUCUGGAAGGAGACACUCUCUAUAAUUACAUCAAGACAGAAGCCAUCAAAGUAAUCAAUACUUAUAAUGCUAUCUAGAUAAUCCUAACAGCUUUGAAUUAUUUGGCUUCAAUAAACAUUAUACACAGAGACAUCAAACUCGAAAAUGUAUUGUUACAAAAGCCAAAUGAUAUUACAUCAUUGAAGGUUAUUGACUUUGGAUUAGCUAUAUAUAAAUAUCCUCUUCAAAAAUUGAGUGUUUGUGGAACACCUGGUUAUAUAGCACCAGAAAUCCUAAAGCAUGCUGAUAAAGAAGAGUAUUUCACUGAAAAAUGUGAUAUCUUCAGUGCAGGUGUUAUCUUCUUUAAAUUACUAACAAAGAAAACCUUAUUCAGAGCAUAAAACACAAUAGAAAUUAUGGAAAAAAAUAAAAUAUGUUAAAUUAAUUUUCAAGAAUUUGAAUUCAAAUUAUAGAAGGAAGCAAUUAACUUAUUAAAAGGCAUGCUUGAUCCAAAUCCAAAUACUAGAUAUUCUGCUUAGUAAUGUUUAGAUCAUUCUUAUUUCAGUUGCAAAUUAGAAAAUAUCAACAUUUUGUAAGAAAUCUUAGAUAAGGCUACAGGAUUCUCAGGAAUUACAUAAAUCAUUGAUUAAAAGAACACGAAUUCAAUUGGAUAAGAAUGUCAAGCAGCUUAAGUUAAAAAAUGCAAUCCAACUUCAUAUAAAGUUAGGAUGGAAUUACGCAAGAGAACUAAAAGUCCUAGAAAGUAUGCUGAUUUCUAAUUCUACUAUCCUUCUUUUUGUUAAAAGAAUUCAUGUGAAAGUCUUAGCAGUAAGGGAUCAUCCUAUAAUGGGUCCCAAUUUGAAAAUUUUAUAAAUGAUAAACUUGAUUCUGUCAUUGAGGAAGAUGAGAAACAAUAAAUACAUAAACAAUGA